GGCUGAUGGAUAACUUUUCACUUGAAGUUGAAGAAGCUGGUAAAAUCUCUUGCAUAAUCUGAUUCUUACCCGGUGACAAUUUAUAGUUUUAUGCAGAGUUCAUCAAUCUUUUGAAGUUUUGAUUCAUUUUCUGCAUCUCCAGGGCCUUAUUUUGUUACAGACAUUGGAUAGUGCAUACUCUGCUUCAGAAUCCUGGAUUCGCCACAAAAAUGGCAAUGGCCGGAUUCAGCGCUAUAUCACCUUGUCAUCACAGGCUCUGGUGGCAACCCAACACUUCCAAGCUUCCCGUUUCUUGCUCUAUGCCCCUUCCAUCCUUUACAGGUACUCAUGGAUCUAGAGUAAGCCAUAAGCGUUCUGGAAGAUUGGAAGGGCCUGGGAAGAGCAUGGAAGACUCUGUGCAACGCAAAAUGGAGAAGUUCUAUGAGGGGUCUAAUGGCCCACCUCUUCGUGUUCUUCCAAUUGGUGGUCUAGGAGAAAUUGGAAUGAAUUGCAUGCUUGUUGGGAAUUAUGAUCGUUAUAUUCUGAUUGAUGCUGGUGUCAUGUUCCCAGACCAUGAGGAUCUCGGUGUUCAGAAAAUUAUACCAGACACCACAUUUAUAAAGAAGUGGAGCCAUAAAAUUGAAGCGGUUGUUAUAACACAUGGGCAUGAAGAUCACAUUGGUGCGUUGCCUUGGGUUAUACCAGCUUUGGAUUUACGUACUCCGAUAUUUGCAUCAUCCUUUACAAUGGAGCUCAUUAAGAAGCGUUUGAAGGAAUCCGGGAUAUUUGUGCCAUCUAGGCUUAAAACAUUUAAAACAAAAAAGAAAUUUGUUGCUGGACCAUUUGAGAUAGAGCCUAUUAGGGUCACCCAUUCUAUUCCUGAUUGUUCUGGAUUGGUUCUUCGCUGCUCCGAUGGUAUUAUUCUUCAUACCGGGGACUGGAAGAUUGAUGAGUCACCAUUGGAUGGACAAGUUUUUGACCGUGAAGGUUUAGAACAACUCUCAAAAGAAGGAGUAACUUUGAUGAUGAGUGAUUCAACAAACAUACUCUCACCUGGAAGGACACUUAGUGAAACCGUUGUAGCAGAUUCACUACUACGACAUAUAUCAGCUGCAAAAGGAAGGGUUAUUACCACUCAGUUUUCAUCAAAUAUCCAUCGGCUUGGAAGUGUGAAAGCUGCAGCUGAUUUAACUGGCAGGAAGUUGGUAUUUGUUGGGAUGUCUUUAAGGACAUACCUUGAUGCUGCAUGGAAAGAUGGAAAGGCACCAAUUGAUCCUUCGACUCUUGUGAAAGUUGAAGACAUUAAUGAUUAUGCUCCAAAAGACUUGCUAAUUGUCACUACGGGCUCUCAAGCAGAACCACGUGCUGCACUUAACCUUGCAUCAUAUGGAAGUAGUCAUUUUUUCAAGUUGAGCAAAGAAGACGUAAUUUUGUAUUCUGCCAAGGUGAUCCCUGGUAAUGAAUCUCGAGUGAUGAAAAUGUUUAAUCGGUUAUCAGAGAUUGGACCGACAAUAGUAAUGGGUAAAAAGGAGCAACUACACACAUCUGGUCAUGCCUGUCGUGAAGAAUUGGAAGAAGUGCUGAGGAUCGUAAAGCCACAACAUUUUUUACCCAUUCACGGAGAGCUCUUAUUCCUCAAAGAACAUGAAUUGCUCGGGAAAUCCACUGGAAUUCAUCACACUGUUGUCAUAAAGAAUGGAGAAAUGCUUGGGGUUUCUCAUUUGAGGAACAGAAGAGUUUUAUCUAAUGGUUUCAUAUCCCUUGGAAAAGAAAAUUUGCAGUUGAUGUACAGUGAUGGUGACAAAGCGUUUGGUACAGCUACCGAUCUUUGUGUUGACGAGAGGGUGAGAAUAGCAUCAGACGGAAUAAUAGUUGUGAGCAUUGAAAUCAUGCGGCCUCAAGCUACAGAGAGUGCAUUUAAAGAAACCAUAAAAGGAAAAAUAAGAAUAACUACACGUUGCUUAUGGCUUGAUGAUGGGAAACUUCUAGAUGCUCUUCAUAGUGCUGCACAUGCUGCGCUAUCAAGUUGUUCAGUCAAAAGUCCCUUACCUCAUAUCGAAAGAAUUGUUUCGGAGCUUUUAAGGAAAAUGGUAAGAAAGUAUAGUGGUAAGAGGCCAGAAGUCAUCACCCAUGCUGUUGAAAACCCGGCUGCUGUCCUUGCUGACGAAAUUAACGGAAAGCUGUCUGGUGUCCACCAUGGUUUUGAGAUACCUUUGGCGAAAACGGUGGAUGGAAGUCCAAAAAAGAAAUGGACAACAAAGAUUCAAGAAAGCAAAAGUCUUGAUCUCUCAAUGGGCCGACAUGAAAUUAAAGGUGCUGCGACCAAUGAUGACGGAAUGUUAUCUAAGGAAGAAAUUGCAACUCCUUCCGACUCAGCAGAGAGUUCUGUUCCUAAUUCUGAAUUAUCGCACGAUUUAAGUAAAGCAAACACGAAACCCGAAUCAGUUGGUGAAUCAGAAGAUGGUAGCAAGGGUUCUAAUACAAAGAAGCCUGUGAAAAGAAACAGAUGGAAACCAGAAGAGGUUAAGAAACUUAUUGAAUUUCGUGGGGAGCUGAAUAGUAGAUUCCAAGUUGUCAAGGGACGAAUGGCACUUUGGGAAGAGAUUUCCGUUAACCUUUCCAAUGAGGGGUCUAGUCGAAGCCCAAGCCAAUGUAAAUCCUUAUGGGCAUCACUGAUCCAAAAAUACGAGGAAAGUAAGAAUGAGCCUGAAAGCGAGAGAAGCUGGCAGUAUUACGAGGACAUGAAUACCAUCUUAUCGGUUCCUGAUGCAAUGGUAAAGAAAUAAGCAAAACAUCUGUUUCUCGCAUUCAGGUGACACUAAAUCUUUACAUGUAGCGUUAGCCGAAGGGAUUGUGCAUUUGUCACCAUACGAUAUUCAUUAAGGUUGCUUAUUCUAAUGCGGAAAACAAGAUGAGAAAGUUAAGCUGUAGCCAUGAGCAGCAUAAAUUUUGUAAUUUUAUGUAGAAAAAGCUGUAUUUGAAACAGACGCAUCGUCUUUUAUAGUAAUUUAGUUGAUGAACAUAUUUUCGCGGCC